AGCUCGAGCACUGAACGGAGAACAUUCUGUAGAGGUAGUUCGAUUCGUACGGUUCUAGACAAACGGAACAGUCUAUACCCAAAAACACAGUAAACAACAAAAAUAUAAAUAAAAACUAAAAAAAUAAAAAUAGAUAUAAGUAGAAGUGAUUUUAGCUGAUCGGUAACUGCGUAUGAUAUAUAUUUGCAUAUAUUUUAAAUGAUCCGAAGAUCGUAAAGAAGAUCCAGAAUGAUAACGAUUAGCUGGAGCGUGCUGCUGUUCCUGCUGCUGCUGCAUAUAACCGUCACCUUCAGCCUGCAUCUGGAGAAUCAGACGCGCGAGCAUGUCAAGCAGCUGAUCGCUUGCAAACAGCCGAAGGCGCCGGGCCUGUGCCGUGGCCGGCAGUUGCGCUACGCCUACAACAAGGAGACGGCCAACUGCGAGAGCUUCUACUACACGGGCUGCGCCUCCACGGAGAACAAUUUCCUGACCUACGAGGAGUGCAGACGCGACUGCAUGCAGCGCGGACGCUACUAGAGAGUAGAUCUAAGUUAUUUAUUAUCUUUGUUUUUAUUGACAACAAAAACAUCUAUUGAAAUUCC